AUGUUCGGCUCCGACUACAGAGGAGAAGAAACGAGUCAUUGCAGCACAAUCCGACGGUGCAAAUUGGGGGGUCGUUGCCAAGCACAACGGCAUCGCGCAGUCGACAUCCUGACGUAUCAUCAAGACCGGACAGAUCACCAACAAGCCAAGAGGUGGCGCAAGACCAAGCAGAACCAAACACCCCACUGUCGAAGCCGUCAUCUACUUGGUAUGCUGUACACCGUCGAACAGGUGCAAAUUGAGCCGUCGACAUACAACAGCGAGGAAAACAAGUCAAAGCGCAAGGUGUUUGCUGCGGCUCUUGUCGAACAUCAACGAAACAGAGACUUUACUAUCUAUUACGGCGAGACCAACUUCAAUAUUUACUGCCAUCUGUCCGUUGGUCGAUCGAAAAAAGGGACUCGUGCGAAGGUUGUGCUGCCGCCAUUGAAAGGUCCAAACCUGCAAGUUGAGUAUGCUGUUUCUGCCACGGUUGGCCUCGUUUGCUAUCGUUUGCAGCGAGGUAGCAUUAAAAUGGACAAGAACGCAUGGUUUGUCAAAGACGUUUAUCGUGCGUCCAAAGCGUCGGCAUCUUUUGCGGACAGUUUUGUUGGCAAAAAGAUUGUGAUUGUGUUGGACAACGCCCCAUGCUUCGCAUGA